CUGUGAGGAUUACUGUUGGGCGGAGCGGCGGGAGGGUGAGGCGGCGCUGGUCCCGGCCGAGUGCGUCGGUUGGGGAGAUGGCAUCCAACUACCACACGAGUUUAGACCAAUGGAAGAAAAGAGCAGCAAAAAUUGAAUUGAAUGAAACCCAAAAGCAAGAAAUUAAAGAGGCCUUUGAUUUAUUUGAUGUUGAUGGAUCUGGCACCAUAGAUGUGAAAGAAUUGAAGAUUGCAAUGCGGGCUUUAGGAUUUGAACCAAAGAAGGAAGAAAUUAAAAAAAUGAUAGCUGAAAUUGACAAAGGAAGAACUGGCACCAUUAGUUUUGAAGAUUUUUUUGCCAUAAUGAGUGUGAAAAUGAGUGAAAAAGAUGAAAAAGAAGAAAUAUUGAAGGCUUUCAAAUUAUUUGAUGAUGAUGAUACAGGAAGCAUAACACUAAGCAAUAUCAAGAGGGUUGCUAAGGAACUAGGGGAAAAUUUAACCGAUGAUGAACUUCAGGAAAUGCUUGAUGAAGCUGAUCGUGAUGGGGAUGGAGAAAUAAAUGAGGAGGAAUUUUUGAGAAUGAUGAAGAAGACCAGUCUUUAUUAA